CCAUAAAGGCAUGGAGCCCCGGCUCUGGUUUCUGAUGUGGAAGUGGGACGCUUCAGGUUGCUAACUCGCCCGCUCAGCUGCAGCGUCGGGAUGGGGUUCCAGUCCAGCUCUCUCCUGCUUCUGUCUGCGCUGUCCAUGAUGGCGCUCCUUUGCGUAGCCCCCGUGCAGGGCAACGGGGCCCUGGCCCACAAGAAGGUCGAGAGGGGGUUCCCCAAAGACUGCAGCAACAUCCCCAGGGACAGCCCAAGUGGGGUCCAUGUCAUCCAGCCAGCAGGCUCUCCCCCUCGAGUGGUGUGGUGUGACAUGGACACCGAAGGCAAAGGCUGGACCGUUGUGCAGAGAAAUUCUUACAACACAGAGAUCACCUGGAAGGAGUCCUGGAGCACCUACAAGUACGGCUUUGGGAACGUGCAGCAGGAUUACUGGCUGGGCAACGAGUACCUGUCCCUGCUCACGCAGCAGAACAUCUACAAGGUCCGCUUUGUGGUGGAGGACAAAUCCAACAACACUCGCUACGCAGAGUACGACAUCUUCAGUGUCGAGGAUGAGCCCAGCGGGUACCCACUGAGGCUGGGCAGGUACUCUGGGGACAGCGAGGACUAUCUCACCAUCUACCACUCCGGCCUGGGGGGCAUACACGACAACAUGAAGUUCAGCACGACUGACAAGGAUCAGGACCAGGCCAGUGGGAAUUGCGCAAGUAGCUAUGGAGGCUGGUGGUACGACAAGUGUCAGAACGUCCUGCUCAAUUGGAAAGGCUACAUCUACUGGGCAGGGUUCUGUAAGAGUGGGGAGUGCAAGUCUUCCCUCAUCCUGGGUAAGCCAACAGACGUGUGCUGGAUCCAGCAGGAGGAGCCCAUCCUCCUUGGGAGCCGGCGCCGCUGAGAAGGGGAGACAAUAUUAGAUCAGACACGGCGCGCCAGCCCCCACCUAAUCAGUGCAGUCCCUGCAAUGCCUCCACUCUGCUCACCCCCUUCCCUGUUGGCUUCUGCACGGUAAAUCCCCUGGAAUAAACGCUGAGAGCCGACCCCGCCGGUGCGUUCGAAUUACACGAAGAGUGUGAUUGGUGUGUAUAACUGGAUCCCCACUUCCACUCUGCCUCGCUGAGUCAUGUCACUCACUAUGACUUUAGACCCACAUUAACCUCUGCUUCUCCCAGCCCUGCCACUGCCCCUUGGCAUUAGUGAUCAAUGAAUCAUGACACUGGAUUUCUAGCAACUGUCAUUGAGUAUUUAAAUGGGGGAUGACUCAAAGCCACGACUUUACGUCUGAAUCCUGCAUGUAUUAGCAGUGGUGAGUUUGGGUUCAAAAACCUGCCCUCUGUGUUUUUAAUAAAUAUGGUUAUUACAUGAGAAAACAUUGCAACAGUAAUUAGUUGCUGAUAAACCACUGAGAUUAGUCAGACGUGCA